UGAUAUCGUAAGCUCAAUAUGCAGCCGGGGUAUAACUCGAAGAGUGCGUUUCAACCCGUGAGGAACACUGGAGGGAACAACCAACCUGGUCCAUCAAAUUCAAACAUCUCAUAUCCACAAAUGUCUGGGUAUGCGUUCCCUCAGAAUCAGUUUUAUAAUGGUCAAUACACUGCAGCUGAUCCGGCAUCUAGUGGCCAGCAAUAUCCGAUGAAUUAUUCUAACUCUAAUAUGCAAUAUAACCAGUAUGGCGUAAAUGGUCCAAGUGGAUAUUGGAAUCCUAAUACUGCACAAAAUAAUAGUUUUAAUCAACACUUGCAGCCUCCAAACGUUGCUCUUACAACGCCUUCCCUCAAUAAUAAAACAGCAGGGGAAACUGAAAGUAAUAUCAAUAAAUCGCAAACAAUGAAUUCGGAAAGCAGUUUGAGCUCAUCUCCCGAGCAUUCCGCCAGUGAGAGUUCGCCAGCUGGAAGUGGUGUCGAAGGUGGUGAUUCAGAAUCAGCCGAUUCGGACACCAUAAGCGGAACAACAAAUCGAUCAGAACAUGUGAACAACCAGCAGUCAUCAGCUCCUGUGCCUGCGUAUAAUCCCCAUUCAAUGAGCGCUGGAGUGAACACCACUAGAUCGAGUGUUCUGGGUAAAAGACCAACAAACACUCCGGGGACAUACGCUUACCCUACUCCGACAUGGCAACAGUCGCGAAAUUACGCACCGAACCCCCAAGUGCCUCCACAACCCCCAGUCCAAUACAACGGUGUAAAUCAAUCUGCUCCCUAUCCAGGGCAAUAUCAAUCGAGCGGCCAAACUGGAUUCCCUCAGCCUCUCCAACAACCUACACAUUACCCAGGAGCAGGAAUGCAGACUCAGUUUUCUAACAUGUCAAUCUCACCACAAAACAGCUUCAAUAAUCAGUCCAGCUCACCCCAGCCUGUUAAUUUGCUAGCUAAUCGACAUAUACUACCCUCCAAACCUCUGCAGCCAAUAAAUCCUAAGGUUCCAGAGCAGUACAAAGGACUGAACUGUGAUCCGACUGUAUUUAGAUGUACCUUAAAUGCAAUCCCGCAAAAACAGGAAGAAAUAACGAAAGCGAAGUUGCCCUUCGGGCUGCUAAUACAUCCUUUCAAGGAUCUUCAAAACCUGCCUGUUAUACAGUCGCCAGUCAUCGUGAGGUGCAAAUCAUGUCGAACGUAUAUUAACCCGUUUGUCUCAUUCAUUGAUCAGCGGAGGUGGAAAUGCAACAUGUGCUUCAGAACGAAUGAAGUGCCGAGCGACUUCUUGGUAAACUCAAACGGAAGAGUAGAAGAUGUGACAAAAAGACCCGAAAUUCGAAAUGCUACCGUCGAAUUUAUUGCUCCUGGAGAUUACAUGCUGAGGCCACCACAGGCGGCGCUUUACUUGUUUCUUCUGGACGUCACGUCUCAAGCAAUAGCCACCGGAUAUCUUGACAUAGUGUGCUCAGUUUUGAAGAAGAAUAUUGCUAAUUUACCCGGAGAUGCUCGUACUAAAGUCUCCAUUAUCUGCUUUGAUUCUUCAAUCCAUUACUUGGCUGUGCUCGAAAAUCAAGAUAAAGCUCAGCUGCUUUCUUUUCCGGAUAUUGAUGAUUUGGAAUUGCCAAGACACGAUGACCUUUUGGUGAACCUGAGCGAAAACAUGGACAAAAUAUCUAAUCUGUUAUCUAAGUUACCCGAAAUAUUUCGCAAAAAUGUUCAAACAAGAAGCGCAUUGGGAUCAGCGCUUAGUGCGGGACAAAAACUUCUGGCCAGCACUGGCGGUCGUAUUACAGUGUUUCAAUCAAUUCUCCCGACAUUAGGGCCCGGAAAAUUGAGCUCCAGGGAGGACCCCAACGAACGGGCAGGAACUGAUGUGAAAAAUUUGAAACCGGCGACUGAUUUCUAUAAAUCAUUGGCUCUAACUUGCAGUGGGAAUCAAAUUGCGAUUGAUCUGUUCGCGGUCAACACUCAGUACAUCGACAUGGCCUCUCUGAGUGGCAUGUCUCGUUUUUGCGGAGGUUGUAUCCAAACGUUUCCGAACAUGCUGCCAAAGUCGCAACAGGCAGAACGACUCGAGAAAGAUUUCACGCGGUACUUGACGAGGAAAUUGGGAUUCGAAGCUGUGCUGCGGGUUAGAUGUAACAGAGGACUGACAGUUUCGGAUUUCUUUGGCAAUUUUUUCGUGAGGUCAACUGACCUUCUGGCAUUCCCGAAUGUGAACCCGGACGCGGGAGUGGCGAUGCGGGUCCGCAUUGAGGAGAACCUGACAUCGGCCAGCCACUGUUGUUUCCAGGCAGCUCUGCUGUACACUAGUACAAAAGGAGAGAGGCGAAUAAGAGUGCAUACUCUGUACCUGCCUAUGGCCAAUAGUGUGCAGGAUAUUGUGGCGUCGGCUGAUGUCGAAGCAGUUUCCUGUUUUCUGGCCCAAAUGGCCGUGGACCGCAGUCUUGACUCGACAAUUUCCGAUGCCAGGGACGCCCUGCUAAAUGCAGUCACAGAUUGUCUGGCGGCAUACCGAGCAUCGUUGCCUGGACAUGCCUCAAUGGGUACCAUGUUGAUUGCCCCACCCUCUCUCUCCCUCUUCCCACUCUUUCUCUCGGGACUCCUGAAGAGCAAAGCUCUCCGAGUUGGAUCGAGUACGAAACUUGACGAUCGUCUGGCAGCCAUGAUUGACAUGUUAUCCAUGCCAGUGUUUCACGUGAUGCAUAUGAUUUACCCUCCAAUGUACCCAGUACACAAUAUUCAUCUACAGCCUCUAAUGGGAUCUGAUCCAAACGAGACGCCCACCAAUGCCAACCAGGAGACCGUCUUCAGCUUCGCAGAGGGAAAAAUCCCCCAGCCUCCCCAACUUCAGUUGUCUGCAGAGAGUUUGUCACGUGACGGAGCAUACCUUCUGGACAAGGGCACUCAGAUGAUCCUUUUGGUGCGAAGUCACGUAUCAAUGAACUGGUGCAUGAAGGUCCUGGACCUUCCGAAUCCCACUGGCAUACCAUCUGGAGGAUUGAAGUCGCUGCCUGAGUUAGACAACACUGUGUCAAAUGCCCUCAGAGCUUUCAUAUUUUCCUUGCUGGACUCGAGGCCAAACCACGCACCCAUCCUAAUACUCAGAGACGAUGACCCCAGCAAGGCUCUGUUUUUCGAGAGCCUGGUAGAUGACAGAACUGACGGCAGCUCAUCCUACGUCGAAUUCCUGCAACACAUUAACGGCUCAAUUGAGAAGAUGAAGAAGUAACCCUAUCGCUCCCCCUCAAAAAACCAGUUCCGGCUGACUGAAGUGUAAUUUAAAAUGAUGUGACCAGCCACUGAUUACGAGCAGGUUAAUUCGAAACAUAAAAUGGUGCUAUGGAUCAUUUCGCGGUUUAUAGGUUUUCACUAUGUAAUCAAUCCUUCAUUUAAAUCCUUAAUUGUUGUAUUUCACGCCAAGGAAUUGUGCUCGAAAAAAUUGAUUUGAGCUCUAAAUUUAUUUUAAAAAGCUAAUAAUCCAGUUUAAGAUGGAGUAAUGAUGUUAAAAUGUUGUUCAGUUAAGAGGAGCGAAUAAAUAAAUUGAAAUUUCCUUGGAUAUUCGAUAAUUAAAGUAGCAAUUAUCUUUAUAUAAUCAAUGACAAGCAAACUGUGCUCGGUAAUGUAUUGUUCGAUUCUCAAAAAUUUAGUAUAUUCCAAUUCUUUUUUUGAUUUGAUCCUCGAUUUUAUAUAACCUCUAUUUCUUAUUUCCGCUGUAUAGUAGUCAUUCGGAAAAUGGAAUGGGGCUGGUAACACUGUGUAACAUACUAGCUGUUGACCUUUAGCUAUAAGGGCUUAGAAGGCGUUACCCGUCUUCAAUAAUGAUUGCCUUUCUGGUGCAGUUUAUUUCACGGCUGGGGAAAUCUUGCGCGAGUUGUUCCGAUUAUUAACAUUUCUUGCUCUAAAAAUACUGGUGUCCUAAGUAAUUGCAAUCUUUAACUUAAACCUUCAAAUUGCUAUGUUAAUGGAUUCAUCUUAUGCUGCGUGCGUUGAGGGUAAUACUGUGCUUUCAAUGUGAAGUGGAUAGCUGCUGGUAAUUAAUUUCUCCAUUCACGAAAAGAUGUUUACGAAUUUUCUGAAUUUCAAAAUUUUCCAUAUUA